AACGCAGCAUCCGGUGAAAAAAACUACACUUCCCAGCAGAGCUUUAAUACGCACUGACUGACAUUUCGGCAUAUGAACAGAGGUGACUUGGUCUGGUCCUGAGUUGGGAGAGCGCAAGUCUUAGACUAACAUCUGAACACGAAGAAACAUUUAAAUAUGGCCGAACCGAUCCGUGUGCUGGUGACAGGUGCCGCAGGUCAGAUCGCCUACUCUUUGCUCUUCAGCAUCGCCAAAGGAGAUGUGUUCGGCAAGGACCAGCCAAUCAUCUUGGUGCUCUUGGACAUCCCGCCCAUGCUGCCCGUGCUGGACGGUGUUGUGAUGGAGCUGCAGGACUGCGCUCUCCCACUGCUCAGAGAGGUGAUCCCUACCGACAAGGUAGAAGUGGGUUUUAAAGACCUGGAUGCCGCCAUCUUGGUGGGCUCCAUGCCCAGGAAGGAGGGAAUGGAGAGAAAGGACCUGCUGAAGGCCAACGUGGCCAUCUUCAAAACGCAGGGAGCUGCUCUGGACAAGUACGCCAAGAAGACGGUCAAGGUGCUGGUGGUGGGAAACCCAGCCAACACCAAUUGCCUGAUUGCCUCCAAGUCUGCACCAUCCAUCCCAAAGGAGAACUUCUCCUGCCUGACCAGGCUGGAUCAUAACAGGGCUCGCUCACAGGUGGCGAUGCGCGUGGGCGUGUCCUCGGACAACGUGAAGAACGUGAUCAUCUGGGGAAACCAUUCGUCCACACAGUACCCCGACGUCCACCAUGCCACAGUCAACCUACACGGCAAAGAGGUGCCUGCCUACGACGUCGUGAAGGAUGACAGCUGGCUGAAGGGAGACUUCAUCUCCACAGUGCAGCAGCGUGGUGCGGCCGUGAUCAAAGCCAGGAAGCUGUCCAGUGCCAUGUCCGCUGCAAAGGCCAUCUGUGACCACAUGAGGGACAUCUGGUUCGGCACUCCUGAUGGUGAGUUUGUGUCGAUGGGAGUUUACUCCACUGGGAACUCUUACGGCGUUCCUGAUGACCUCAUGUUCUCCUUUCCUGUCAACAUCAAGAACAAGACCUGGCAGGUGGUGGAAAGUCUGCCAAUUAACGACUUCUCGCGCGGCAAGAUGAACGCCACAGCGGCCGAACUGAUAGAGGAGCGAGACACAGCGCUGUCCUUCCUGUCUGCGUGACUACAUAAUCUAACCACAGAAUGGCAACCAAACUCUUCUAAACUGUAAAACUCCAUGUCCACUUGUCAGUGUGAGAGAGUGUGACAUUCCAUAAGCUAUAAGCACAUGAGGAGCAUCUGUACCAUUUCAUUCCAGUACGUUAACAGAGUAAUGGGUGGAAACAUUUGUUGCCCCAUCCAAAAAAAAAUGAAACUGCACUAUCAAUAAAAGGAACGUAUUAAACAAA